CUUAUACAAUCAGGAAGUAGUCGUUGUUGUGUAAUGAUCUGACCUGAUAUAUUACUGUGGUUUAUUGUCAUUUUUUUAGUAAUAUUUUGUAUUUUGUAAUAUCACAAAGGUAUUAAUUCUCAUUACAAUGAAGACAUUUGUUUUCAGUGUUACUUUUCUUUUGUUUUCUGUUUUGCUCUUAACAGAAUGUCAACCAGUUUCAUCAGACAAAUCUUUCCAAGAGAGAGCCCAAGAAGCUUUAGAUGCUAUGACACAAAAAACUAAAGAAAUUGUAGAGUCUGUACAAGAAUCUGCAAACCGAGCUUUAGAAUCAGCCCGAGCUAAAUGGCAAGAGUUCAUGAACUCUACUUCGGUACCAUCUAUUGAAGGAGAUGAUUCAGGUAGUCAAAGUUUGAUGGACUUUGGUAAAAAUAUCAUAUCUAACAUCAUGGGAACUCCUACAACUAUUCAACCUCCUGUAGAACCACCUGUAGAAAAUUAAUCACUUUUAAUCUAAUAAAUUGGUACGGUGGAUGAAUUUAAUAAUAUUUUAUGUUACAAUGUACACAUAUUUUUAAAAUAAUCUUUUCAUAUGUAACAAGUAGUUUAUAUUA